CGACCGACUUUGUACGAACUACCGCUGCGGUUGAAGUUUUGGUGGCAGGCCACGUCUCGCUUUUUUUUUUGUUUGUCCGUGUGGCCGAUCGCCGACGUCGAAGUGCAAUUGUAAAUAGGCGUGUGGGCACAGCCGCGAGUGAUAGGCGGAAAGGCGCGGAGGGAGGGAGAGAGAGAAGGCCCGUCGGCCCGUUGCAUGUGUGUGUGUGCGCGCUUGCGCGCUCGGCCGGCUGCAUGUAUGCGUGCGUGGACUGGGCGGGCGACCCCAGACAAGGCGAGGAGGCAGGCAGGCAACCUCGCGGCUCAGUGUUGUCAGCGCUGUGCCAGGCGGCGGGCGAGCGGCGAGAGUUCAGUCACAUCCCCGCCUCCUCCGCGAGCUGGACCACGAUGCACGCCAAGACAAAGGCGCCGCCGGCACCGCUGCGGCACACGGGCGCCGCGACGCUGCCUGACGCCCGGGCCAAGCAAGUGCUGAAGGAGGCGGUCGACGCCGUCGUCAACAGCUUCGCCAAACACACGCAGGGUUACGGCAGAGUGAACGUGGUGGAGGCGCUGCAGGAGUUCUGGCAGAUGAAGCAGGCGCGCGGAGCCGACCUCAAGAACGGCGCCCUCGUCAUCUACGAGUCGGUCCCGGCGUCCAGCCCGCCCUACGUCUGCUACGUCACGCUGCCCGGCGGCUCGUGCUUCGGCAGCUUCCAGAACUGCCCCACCAAGGCGGAGGCGCGCCGCAGCGCCGCCAAGAUCGCCCUCAUGAACUCCGUGUUCAACGAGCACCCGUCCAGGAGGAUAUCCGACGACUUCAUCGAGAAGGCGGUGGCGGAGGCCAGGUCCUCCUUCAAGGGCGACCCGGAGGAGGCGGACAACCCCAACACGGGCAUCGGCGCGUUCCGCUUCAUGCUGGAGACGAACAAGGGGCGCACCAUGCUGGAGUUCCAGGAGCUGAUGACGGUGUUCCAGCUGCUGCACUGGAACGGCAGCCUGAAGGCGAUGCGCGAGCGUCAGUGCUCGCGCCAGGAGGUGGUGGCGCACUACUCGAACCGCGCGCUCGACGACGACAUGCGGUCGCAGAUGGCGCUGGACUGGAUCGCGCGUGAGCAGGAGAGCUCGGGGGCGCUGGGGCGCGAGCUGGGGCUGGCGGAGCGCGAGCUGGACACGGCGAGGCUCGCCGGCCGCGAGCUGCGCUUCCCCAAGGAGAAGAAGGACAUCCUGAUGCUGGCGCACACGCAGGUCAACGGCUCGCUGUCCAGCUAGUGCCCGGCCCGAGCCCCUGUUCGCCGCAAACAUCCACCACGUUCUCAUUACGGAAUAAUCCCGCAGGACACUUAAAUUAUUUAUGCGGACGACAGUGAAUUUUCGCCUCGGAAAAUGGGGCCGUGUUUUUUUUUUCCUCUCUGUCUCCAGAGCUAGUUCCUGCGCUGUACUUACUUACUAAAAGAGCGCCGAGCGUCCACGAAAAUUCCCAUCCGUGAUGUUCUUGAUUUCUGUGCUGGAGUGAUUUGUUCUAAAAAAAAAAAAUGCGUUUAUAUAUAUGGAACGUUGUUUGGACCUAUGUAUGUGUUUGUGCCUUGGGUAAAGAUACGUAAUUGAAUUGUUGAUAUUUAUCAAUUGUGUUUUUAAAACUGUACUUUUGAGUCCUUAAAUUGGCCUUAAAAAGGCUUUUAAGGCACGACCAAAUAUCUUGUCAGAUUCUCGCAGUAAGAUCUCUUGGAAAUACCAGAAAACGUUGUACACCACUCCAAAUUUGCAAUUAAAACUACCACAUUAUACUGGAAUAUAAACUGCCUGUUAAUUGAGCGUCCAGCUUCCAAGUCUUGAUUGAAUUCGCCCUUUACAGUUUUAGGCUUUGGCGGUUUAAGAAGUGUGGAAAUUCCGUGUUUCACUUAUUAAUGAGCUAUACUAGCAAUGAACGUUCAGACAUUUUUUAGACGUUCUUUCUUACACAAUUUUGGUUACUUUGACGACAGAUUAAAAAUACAUUAAUUUAAGUUAUUUUUACCACCCGCUAAUAUAAUAUGUAGUUUUAUAAUUAUUCAUUGCAAUGGUAUUUUCUAAGAAUAAUCUGGACUGUGUUAGUGGGGAGUUAGUAUGUACUUCCACCUUUUUGGAUUAAAACAUUGAAUCUCGAAAUUAUUCAAAAUCGUAUACCGCAUUUAAAAAUAGUGUCAAUUUAAAGCUCUAAAUGGCGGAUUUUAACACGUCUUAUAUGUUGGCAUGCAAUAUACACUCCAACGGGCAUAUUUCCAGUAUGUUAAGUUCUGGAGGUGGGUGUACCAUAAUUAUUAAGACAUUCCGCUUAGAAUAUCUGUGAUUUACGUUAGCAUGGGCAGCCACAAACUAGAUGGAUGUUGGAGUUGAUAGCUCGGUGAUAAAAUCAGAGAUGUUGAUCUACUCUAACAGCCCUAAACAGAUGUUAUUUGUAUAUUGUAGAGCGGAUUUGUACAGAUUUCCUAAAUGUGUCUAAUUGUUCUUAUUAUACCAAUCUCUAUGAUGUUCAUAUUUCGUUUAUUCACUAUUUGAAUGCGGUGAAACCAAAAUUUGUACAUUAACAAAUUUUCGUAUAUUAAAGCAGGAAGCUAUUUAACAAGAAAACAUUUUUUUGUCAGUAGCGCUGAAUUUCAUACCGUUGUCGCCAUGUUUAUAUUGGCUGAUAAUAAUGUCCAGCUGUACGUAUUUUAAACACAAAGUACGUUAAAUGUUAUUAUACGUAAAUUCAGUACGUUAGCAAAAAUCUUUGCAGGUGUUCAUGAAGUUAAGUGUGAUGUCUUUCAGUAGAACAUUGCAGUAUAGUGCUACUGUAUACAUCUCGGCACCGUAUUGUAAUGCCGGUAUUGUGCAUAGAUACCCUUAAGUAUCAAAAUGUAAAAUAUUUUUUGUUAGAAUGCAUUGUGACCUGUGAUUGAGUUUCCUAAAAUACCUGCUCAUAUGCUCAUAAACUUUCAAAAAAAUUAGAAUUUCCUGCCACUGUUGGUAGGGGUAUGUAUAUUUCUGCUUUUACGGAAAUGAAACUUGUACUUCUUGAGUUCGAGUAGGAUGAUCUUAUAACCAUGUUCUUUAUUUCGAAUGAUUAAUUAUGUAACCCAUAGAAGUGGAAAUACGACGGUUGUUCUCUUGUUUCAUACGGAAGCUUUGGAGGAAACUUGGCAGAAUGUUUGUUUAACCAAAUCAAUGUUGGAAAAACCACAUAUGUCAUUGAUGUAUUGCCGAUCAAUUGCCUCUUGAUGAGUGGCACACGAUACUUGAUAUUCAACCAACUUCAGGAAUAAUUAAACAACGCAGGGAUUUGUACAGAUUUUCUAAAUAUGUCUAAAGUUUUCUUACUAUACUCAUCUCUAGGAUGUUAAUAUUUUUUUAUUCACUAUUUUUAAUGCAAUGAAACCAAAAUUUGCUCAUUAACCAAUUUUCAUAUAUAAAAGCAGGAAGGAACUUCAUGCUGACUUUUUAUAACGUGAAAUCCGCGUGACGGUUACAACUUUACUUUAAUUAAUUAACCUAAUUUACUUUAAUUAAUCAACCUAAUUAAAGUAAACGUGUUUGUAAUUCUUCCAGGCUCACAUGCAGUCCUUCCGUUGUGAGUUUAAUGCAAAAAUUCUUUCUUAUUACAAUAAUUUGUUUAAUUUUUAAUUUUUUCCCCUUGAAUUUUUCACAACGAAUUGAAAAUGAUGCAUAUGUUGCUCUUGUUCAGUUUUUUUUUUUAAUUUAUUUUGGAACUGGAAUUAACAACGCAAGCUCAUAACCUAGACGAUGCCACUCAGUGGAAGAUUCCAGAGUGACUUCUAACACAUUGUGUGAGGAAUAAGGGUUAGCCAGUGACAGGACUAAACUUUUCGCCUGUGGCGAGCCGGCAAGAAUCUGUCUGAACCCACGAACCGGGAAAUGACAGAAUAUUUGUCGCAUGGCGUUUGUGCAACUCAGCACGGAAAUUAGCAUUAUGCCAAAGCGCAUUCAUAGACUGAUGGCGGGAUGUUGUAAAAGUAAACAUCCAGUGCUGAAAGAAAAGCUUAACUUGCAGUAACUAGACAUUGAAAAGACACCUUGCUCAGCGAGAUUUCCCAACAUUGCAUGAAAGUCGUUCCCGUAGUGUUUCAAACAUGAAAUUUCAUUUUUAUGAUGUCUAUAACAUUUUUCUUUAAGAAUAAAAUAUGUUUUAUCUGUUGUGUUGAGUUUUUAAAGUAUUGCGAAAUGUGUUUAACAUCGCAAAAUUUUUACGCCAAAAUCACAGUGAACAUAUUUGUUUGCAUGCAAAGCAAAAGGUCCAAAUUUCAAUUAAACAGUUCGGUUUCCAUGAGUUAAAGAAAUUUGCAGAAGCUGUGAGUAAAAGUAUCGUUUGAUGUUCUGCCAGGGCCUGCCUCUUAGUAUGCAAGCUCGGGUGACAGAUGCAGCGAAAACGUCCGUCUUGACGUGUGGGCUUCAUGGUUAUUUUGUAAGACCGAUUUGGAACAUCAGUGCGACUUAAGACUGUGUAGUUUGAUCGUGUCUCCUUCUGUACAAUCUCCCCCCCCCCUUUUUUUUUCUUUCAAAAAUCUAUCUUAAGAUCUGUCCAUGAAUAUGACAAUGAUUUGUAGAGACCCGGAAAUUUCGUGGAUUCCUCUGGCCUCAGGAGAGAAUUCAAAGUUAUAGGUGUGCUCGACCCAUGUUUACUUUCCCAUUGGUUGAUUUCUUAGCGAGAACAUUUUUAUGCUUGUUAUUUGGCACUACCUGAUUCGCUUACUUCUCUCCUAGCUGGUCAUCAUUGGCUCACGGUCGUAGAGGGGCGUGUCCAAACAAUUGCGUGCCAAUCAUGAACCCACUGCGAGAGUGUGAAGGUUUGCAUUCUAGCUUGCGAAUAAAUUAAUCCGCGAAAUUUCCGGGUCUCUGAUGAUUUGUUAAAAGAUACAAACUCAGUGAAAUAUGGUAGCGAAACGUAGGCGAGUACAAGCGAGUGGUGUGUACGCGUUGUAGUUUUCAUUCCCGACGCGGUGAAGCAGCAUUAUCUUGUACGCGAGUCCUUCCUCACCUCGCCGUUCUCGUUGGACGCUGUCCAGCGGCCGCCGGGGACGCGUCGCGACGCGUGGGUGCUCGCCGCGACGCCGAUGUCAAUGCCGUGGGAACCGAAGGUCGCGCGCAGUUCUUGGGGCCUACCUCUAUCUCCCCCCUCCCUUCCUACUCUCUCUCUCUCCCCCCCCCCCCUGCUACUGAUCCUUGUCGUCCUCUCGCGCGAUCUCUCCGUGCGCGAUCAGGGCGUCGACCCGCCGUCCGCCUUUCCCAGUGGCGGACACGGCAUAUCAUUUCCGAAGGGGGGAUUUUUGAAAAAAAAAAUGUAAAAGUCUAUACUUAAAAAAAAAUUGCAUUGCUAUUUAACACUGCCCGCUGACAAAUGGGCGUACGGUAGUAGCCGCAGGUGACGUGGUAUCUCACACAGCAACAGUACAUACUGUAUACACUGAUAUUUUGAGAAAAAAAAAAAUUAUAACUUCGGGAGGGAGGGAGGGAAGGUUGUAUAUCGCCCCUAUCCUCCCCUCGGUUUUCCGCCACUGGCCUCUCCGCCCUGAAGAGGACAUUUUCAUAAGUAUGGCCAUAAUUAUUUAUCCUUACAUUCGAUUCAGAUCUCGAUUAUAAUGUGAACAUUCGAUUAGAUUCGUCUGAUUCACGGCAUAAAAUUAAUUUCACGCUCCGCAAAAACGGAAUUAGCAAUAUUUUUAAAAUUUUUACCCCUUCGGAAGCAGUGCUACAGCUGUACAUGAACUGAAAUCAGAUGUCGACAGACCGCGGCUCGCUAACCGCAUGCGGCUAUUUUCAUAGGAUUUCACAGCCCUACUACUCACUGCGCUGCCACAACGCAAUAGAAAAAUACAGAACAAAAUCAAACGGCACAAUCACGACGCAUGUCCUAGACCUGCGCGCGCACCCUAGCAUCGCCCCGCCUCACCACCGCUUUCGACAAGGUGAUUUUUUUUUAAUUUUAACAAUUAGUUAAAUAAAAGAAUUUAGGUUUUCUCGUUUUUAAUCAGUAGAGUAUUACUAAUAACUACCGUGUUUUUUUCUUUAAAUUUUUUUCUAACCAGCCUUCAUUUUUAAGACAUUAUGUUGAAAUUGUGAAUAAAAUAUUUUGUUUUUAUCUAUUUUUUUUAUCGUCUUCAAAAUUCCACGUAGGCACAGAGAAAAUAUACGUUGCUGCUCUCUAAAAAAAUUGGAGGAUCUGUUUACUUAAUAUUUGGCUCAUCUCACCCAUAAGUCUGCCGACCCGUGCCUUACACCAAGAGUCAGACGCGAAUCACCUCCUACUCCAUCCUCGGAGGCGGGGGUUCGUUCCUACAGGAAGAACCUGAUAUUAAAUUCUGUCAGAGAUUGGCCUUGGAAUUUUUUUUUAAAAUAUUUGUGGCCUCAAAAACUGAAGUUUAAUAGUUUCACACAACUUUUGAUGAAAGAAAAGUUUAACCCAAGAAACUAAGGGCGGUAUUCCAGGACACAAAAAGAAGGGUUUAGGGGGUUGAACAUGCUACACCCGUAAUACCCUAACCGUAUUCCAAGUGCACGAAAGUACACGGGUUGCCCUUUAUUUUUAGGGAACGAACUUUUGUGUCCUUUCCGUUGCCGAUCUGUUGCCCAAAUUCCGCUCAUUAGCAGAGCUCACUUUUACGUUGAUAUCGUCCAGAUGGUGCCCGCGUCUGGCGCCAUUAACUUGUAUAUAGUCAUUUUUUUGUGAUCAUUGGGGUGUGCUAAAUGAAACUUUAUGACGGCGAAACUAUCCCGGAGUACAUAUUUUUUAUGCUUUAAUGGUCAUAACAAGAGUACUUGAAAAAAUUAAAAAGGCGGUUCUGUUUUAAGGUCGACGGUGCUGCUAUCUCUAGUAGUUUUACCGUAAUAAUUGUAUCGAUGGUUGCGAAACGUCCGCUAGAAUGCCAUGAAACCAGUUUAUAGCCUCGCGCACGGGCGCCGUUUAUUAAAACGUUUGCCGAUUUGUUCCCACUAUUGGGACUCUGGUUUGGACGCGUUCUGGAAUGCGGCCCGCGAGUUGUAUCCCGACAAGGCAGUGCUUAGUCGCUAACCUUACCCGGAUGAUUGGACUACAACGCUAAGUAUUGUCGGUGAACGUAAAUAUCCCCUCCAAAAAUGAAAUAAAAAUGGAUACGCGGCCUCUGGAGCAGUUCUUUGCUCGGUGGUCUCCGGCCGGCGAGCCCAGCGCCGACUGCAGGACAAGGGAACCGCGCGGACGGCAGGCCUGUUCGAUCCCAAACGUCAGAGACGCUGUCUCUCCUCGAGCUUCCCUGCCUUGUUUUCCUUCUUCCUCCUCCUCCUCCUCCUCCUCCUCCUCCUCCUCUUCGUUAUCCCGCCCGUGCGUGCGCGUGUGUGCAUUUGGGUAGGGCAAGGAGAACACGGCGGGCGCUUUGUUUGCCCGGGCGGUUCUCGGAACAGCGCGGACGACGCCGUCGGCUCUUGUGACGGAGGGAGGGGGGGAGGUCGGAAGAAUGCAGUUGACAGUCGAGCCGAGGGUCGUACGUUGACACCCGUUCCUUCCGUCUGGCGCGGACAGGGGGUGGACACACCAUCAGGUUGGGGAAGCGAGCCCCCCACUUUUUUUUUGUCGUCGCUAUUCGGUAGAUCGAAAACGUUUUUUAAUGCAUCUUGAAUAACUGAUGAGAACCUAAUUGGACGCGAAACAUCAGUAUUAAAAUACAUAUAUUUUGCAAGAACGGGCAGCAAUUUAUUAAAUGAUUGAAGAACUUUUUUCAAUUAUUAUUGCUAUACGAUUAAACGCAAACUCAAUUUUCCAUAUUGUCUCUUUACGUUUCGUCGUGUUCUUCACAUUAUCGAUGCAACCCUUUCCUUAAGCUUCAGCCGGAAAUUUAAAUCUGAUCUACGUGUCAGAAUAAGCGUAAAAAUUUUUUUUAUGUUUUAGUUUUCCUGUGAGAACACGUAAUUUUCUCUUUUAAGUUGAAUUUAGUCUGGUUACCAUCAUUUAUCAUGGAUAGUGUGUGAGAAAGAGAGAGGAAGGGAAAGAGAAGGAGGGAGGAAAGGGAUAGAUGUGAAUAUACUGGAAGAAGGCCUGUGAUGGAUUGUUAUUAUUUUAAGCUCUUUUCGGGAACAGAAUCUAAAAGCCGCGUGCUAAUUCAUUUCUAAGUAAAUUGCGAAACGCUUACCUUUUAAAGUGCCAGUUUCGAAACCUGCUCUGCCACUCAUCACUCAUUUAUGGAAGAGUAUGUGUCCCUCACCAAAGUCCCAUAAACCUGUCAGCCUCUCCCACCCUCCCUCCCAUUUAUCCUUCUUCUUCUCUCUCUAUUUCCUCCCCUCUCCCCCCAAGACAGUCUAUGGUUGCAUCCCCCCCCCCCCCUGUCCCCGUAUCUGCCCGGAAAUUUGAUGGGACGCGAGUACGACGUUGUCCUCACCUGCUGGGACUAAAAGCGUGGCCAGAGUUGAAAACCGUGUUUUCCCGGACGUAGCUGAAAGUCAGUGUAGUCCCUCGCCGACAGGUCACGCCAUUUGUGAGUUAUGUAGCUCGGCGGGAAUGCUUCGACGCUCCUUAUCAAACGUUCGUAGUACCAGCUCAGCCGUUGAAGCCAUCUGUCACGAUCCGAAAUACGUGUUCGCAAAUGCUUCCCGUGUCGCCAGUGCAGGACUUUUCCUGAGCGUAGCAGAGCAUAACCAGUAUUUUUACCCGAAUGGCACGCUGUUAGUAAUUACAUUAAAUUUACGGAUUUUUCAACGAAGAAUUUAACUCAAAUAAACGAUGAGUUCUCAAAAUUACAAAUAACUGAAUCUUCGUGGAAACUUCUGCAUCGUAUUUCGACUUCCGAGUUGCAUGUUUCGUUCUAAACAAACGUAAACCGCGCACUUAGACAAAAUAAGAUUGUUCUUACUGAAGACUUUGCCAGAUUUUAAAUGUUUCAUUAAUAUACAGAGAAUAUGCUUUUGGAUUCGUUUUCAAAAUAAGUGAAAUCUUGUCCGUAAAUUUACGACGAUAGCCGUAAAUUGACGAAGAUCCCUGGAUCAUUUGUAACCAACGUUUUUCGUAAAUUAAAGGUGAAAUUUUUUAACACUGCGUGUGAUGACAGUGUUGGAGGGGGGGAGGGGGGAGGGUUUACCUUUACUAUUACUAAAAUAUUUCUUAGUAACAAUGAAUUUUUUUUUGUAUUUAAGCUUAGAAAGUAGUUUGGUUAGGCAUUAGAAAACGUGGGAUUUGCGUUACUGCUUUCCCUUUGUCGCCACUUGAUGUCAUGAUCAUAAGCUGAAUGGAAUCUUUGCCAGUUGUGUUAGACGCACAGAGAGGUAGCGAUGAAGUCCCAUUGAAAUCAUUCUUUCACCAGUAUACAAUUGUCAGAAUGGAAUAUCAUGCUUCUUUCAGCUCAUUCGUAGAAAGGAACGCUGGUAGGGUUUGAAGGAUUAAAAAAAAAAAAAAAAAAAAAAA